AAAAUGGAGAUAAAGUGACUUUUUGGUCCCUCCUAAACAUGGUGCAGAUACAUUAAUGGAAUAGGGUAGAGAAAUUUGCACCGCAACUGGCAUAUGUGUGUGUUCAGUAGAUAAACAGGAUACUACCUAUUAUAAUCACCAGAUAUAAUCUCUUUUAUGAGCACUAUACUCAUAUGACCAGAAAACAUAAUAUCCAAUAAUGGAUUUGACUCAAUAGAAGUUGUUACGUUUCUAGGGAGGAAAGCUCUAAACUAAGAAGGAUUUAGAAAAUAAAAUGCAUAUUUAUGAAAUCUCCAAGGAGAAAUGACUUACCAACAGUUAGAGAGACAUAUUGGGUGAGGCACUAUCUUUUAUUGGACCAACUUAUACAGAUGGGAAAGACAAAUUUUUGAGCUCUAGUUGGCAAUGACUCAUGUUGGUCCUGGGGGCCUGCAAAAACCCAAGAUGGGAACAACCCAGUCUCAAAGCUGCAGAGAGCCAGCUCUGCAAUGAAAUAAAGAAAUGUCUAAUAUACAAUAACCUGGUUCUGAUAGCAGCUGCAUUACUCUGGGGCUUCAGUAAGAUGGCAAAAUCCUUUGAGAUUAUUUUGAUUGGACGUUUCCUUUGCGGGUUUAAUUCAGGUUUGGGUUGCUGUUUACAUGGCCAGUAUGUGGGAGAAAUUUCCCCUAAGAAGCUGCGUGGAUUUACAAGUGCCACUCUCACUCUUUUUUUAAUCAUGGGGAAAUGCACAGGCCAAAUUGUAGGACUAAGAGAACUUUUCGGAACGGAAUCCUUGUGGCCUUUACUGAUGUCAGUCAGUGGAACCGUAGCACUGGUGCAGUUGGUCAUGCUUCCAUUUUUCCCUGAGUCUCCACCCUACCUCCUGAUGCAAAAGGGAGAUAUGGAAAGCUGCCAGAAAGCUUUGAGGCAGCUUUGGGGGGAAGGGAAUCAUCAAGGAGCUAUUGACGACAUGGUGAAGGAGCAGGCUACAAUGAAAAAAAACAAACCCAUGAGUAUCCUGGGCCUCAUAAAAGACCGGUCUAUGCGAUAUCAGCUAUGUUUAUUGAUCGUCCUGACGGCUUCCAUCCAGCUUAGUGGCGUCAGUGCAAUCUAUUUCUACGCCUUUGAUGUGUAUCAGACAGCUGGAUUUACUCAAGAUUGUAUCCCCUACAUAUCACUGGGGGCCGGGGGGUGUGAGUUCUGCGCUGCCAUAGUGUGUAGCUUCAUGGUCGAUAAGUUUGGCAGAAGGAUGCUGUUCUUGUGGGGAUAUGGACUAAUGGUUUUGGUACUCGUGCUCCUCACAACAACUCUCUCCUUGCAGCAUCAGUUCUUCUGGAUGCCGUACUGCAGUGUCGUUCUGCUUUUCCUGUUCAUUAUCAUCUUUGCAACUGGGCCAGCUGGAGCGUUUUUCCCAGUCAUGGCUGACCUCUUCACCCAGUCAUCCAGAUCAUCCGCAUUUGUGAUUUCCAAUUCUCUCCACUGGACAGGACUCUAUGUGAUUGGGAUGAUUUUCCCUUAUGUAGUGAGGAGCCUUGGUACUUUCUGCUUCCUCCUUUUUAUGGGCUUCAUUUCUAUAACAUGGAUUUUCAUCUAUCGGUUCCUUCCAGAAACAAAAGGCAAAUCUCUCAUGGAAAUCAAAGAGGAAUUCAGUCAUUUACAUUUCAGGAAGAAAUAUGUCCAGGGUAGGGAAGAGAAUCCUGACAGGCAUGUCACAUGCACCAAGCUAUAACUGGACAGAAGAGUGUUUCUUAAUAGCACAGAAAAUAGCGUUACUCUGAGAUGACUAUAAAAGAGGAUUAGCUUACAUAUUUUACUCCUGUUAUUCUGUAUUCCAUAUGCAUUUCAUCAUGCACCCAGACUUACUAGCAUAUCACCCCCAUGUGAUUCAGUAAUAUGAGUAUCAGAGGAAUAGCCAAGUUAGUCUGAAUCUGCAUAUACAACGAGAAGUCCUGUGGCACAUUAUAGACUAACAGAUAUAUUGGAGCAUGAGCUUUCAUGAGCAUAGACCCACUGCGUCAGAUGCACAAAUAAUAAUCAUAGUAUAUAUUUUAGAAAUGUGUGUCUGUCUGUCUGUCCGUCUAUAUGUGUCCAUUUAUUCAAGAACUCCUCCUAACCUGUAAGAGCGAGGACCACCACCUUUCAUCCUAACUUAAAGCAAGGUCAGGGUUUGCUUGUGCCAGGACAAUGGGAUGUGCUUGGAAUGGGAUUGCUUCUCAUCAAACGAAAAGAGGGGAGUGUGAUAGCAGAGACAGUUAUACUCACGCAUGACCCCAUGGGGGGGCAGCAAACACAGAGGACACUUAUGAAUGACUAGAGAAGGACUCAUGAAUGACUAUAGCGUUCCAGCCCCUGGGAGCAGCUGCUGGCCAGCAGCAUGCCCUCCCCUCCCCCCACGUCACAAUUGGGGCAUAGGGGCUGACUGUGCCACGUGGCCCCCACCUCAUCCCAGGCCAGACCUGGGGAGACCCCAGAGGGCAGGCUGUGCUUCCCUUCCCCCAGCCCAGGGAGAAGCC